AUGACAGUGACAUAACUUUGUCGAUUUAUCAACACCCGAACACCGUACUAGUACAAUUUAAAAUAACCUAUAUAGGUUUUAAUAAAAGGCAAUUUAUUAUGUCGGGUUUAUUGUCAGCAGUGUUACAACCUUUGCGGUUUCUGAGGCAAGGGCUGCACACGAUCAGUCAUGUAACUCCAACAACUAGUUUAGUCAAGCCAGAGAGCUUUUCAUUGCAAUCUAUUAGAACAAAUGUUCGCUGUUAUUUCCCACGACCCAACGAAGUGAAAAGAGUCCGUCGACAUGGCUGGAAAGCUAGGAUGUCCACACCAAACGGCAGAAGGAUCAUCAUGCGGAGGUUAUUGAAAGGCAGAUUUGUUUUGACCCACUAACUAACCAAUAGCAUUAUAGGAUAAAUAGUUUUAGUAAAUAAAAAACAUUAUAAAAUAGCAACAAAUUGUUUAUUGAAUCUCUUUUUUCCAACUUUGUUUUUAUGAUUAAAACUUCUUUUUACAGUUUUGAA